GUUUUCACUCUUUGGAAACUCGAGGAGUUGUUCUCUUAUUUUCUCUCUAGGGUUCCACGGGACGAACAAAUACAUAUCCAAAUCCGUUAGUCUAAAAACUUAAAUUAAAAAAAUAAAUAAAAAAUAAUUCAAACCAGAAACAGAAACAAAGAACCAGAAUCCCUAUGGAAGACCUUGACGAGUACGAUCAUCAGCCGAUGAAUGAAGAUAUGGAACCAGAAGAUGAAGACGCUGAUGAGGAGAUCACGCAGGAAGAUGCCUGGGCCGUCAUUUCUGCUUAUUUUGAAGAGAAAGGCUUGGUGAGACAACAACUCGACUCUUUCGAUGAGUUUAUUCAAAAUACGAUGCAGGAAAUCGUUGACGAGUCCGCUGAUAUUGAGAUUCGGCCUGAAAGCCAGCACAAUCCGGGUCACCAGUCUGAUUUUGCUGAGACUAUCUACAAGAUCAGUUUUGGCCAGAUAUACUUGAGUAAGCCCAUGAUGACAGAGUCUGAUGGAGAAACUGCAACUUUGUUUCCCAAAGCUGCAAGGUUGAGGAACCUGACAUACUCGGCUCCUUUGUAUGUGGAUGUUACAAAGAGGGUUAUAAAGAAAGGUCAUGAUGGUGAAGAAGUCACUGAAACUCAAGACUUCACCAAAGUUUUCAUUGGAAAGGUCCCUAUUAUGCUUCGAUCAAGUUAUUGCACAUUAUAUCAGAAUUCAGAAAAGGAUUUGACAGAGCUUGGCGAGUGUCCGUAUGAUCAGGGUGGGUAUUUCAUUAUCAAUGGUAGUGAAAAGGUUCUAAUUGCUCAGGAGAAGAUGAGCACCAAUCAUGUGUAUGUGUUCAAGAAGAGGCAGCCAAACAAGUAUGCAUAUGUAGGAGAAGUUCGGUCUAUGGCAGAGUCUCAGAACCGGCCACCCAGUACCAUGUUUGUGCGGAUGCUUUCUCGGACUAGUGCUAAAGGGGGCUCUUCAGGGCAAUACAUUCGUGCUACUCUUCCAUACAUUCGAACUGAAAUUCCAAUUAUCAUUGUUUUUCGUGCUUUGGGUUUUGUUGCUGACAAAGACAUUUUGGAACACAUAUGUUAUGAUUUUGCUGAUACUCAAAUGAUGGAGUUGCUUCGGCCAUCUCUGGAAGAGGCAUUUGUUAUUCAAAAUCAGCAGGUUGCUCUUGACUACAUUGGAAAGCGUGGGGCAACUGUUGGUGUAACUAGGGAAAAAAGGAUUAAGUAUGCCAAAGAGAUUCUUCAAAAAGAAAUGCUUCCUCAUGUUGGUGUUGGAGAAUUCUGCGAGACCAAAAAAGCUUAUUACUUCGGGUAUAUCAUUCACCGGCUUUUACUUUGUGCACUUGGCCGGAGGGCAGAAGAUGAUAGGGAUCAUUAUGGAAACAAGCGGCUUGACCUUGCUGGUCCUUUACUUGGGGGCUUGUUUAGAAUGUUAUUCAGAAAGUUGACCAGGGAUGUCAGGUCUUAUGUGCAAAAGUGUGUUGAUAAUGGGAAGGAUGUUAACCUACAAUUUGCCAUUAAAGCAAAAACCAUUACCAGUGGUCUUAAAUACUCACUUGCCACUGGGAACUGGGGACAAGCAAAUGCAGCUGGAACAAGAGCUGGAGUGUCUCAGGUGUUAAAUAGAUUGACAUAUGCCUCUACACUGUCACAUUUAAGAAGAUUAAAUUCUCCAAUUGGGCGUGAAGGGAAAUUGGCAAAACCAAGGCAGCUACAUAAUUCACAAUGGGGAAUGAUGUGUCCUGCUGAAACACCUGAAGGACAAGCUUGUGGAUUAGUGAAGAAUCUCGCAUUGAUGGUAUACAUUACAGUUGGGUCAGCAGCAUAUCCCAUCCUGGAGUUUUUAGAAGAAUGGGGUACCGAGAAUUUUGAGGAAAUAUCCCCUGCAGUUAUUCCCCAAGCAACAAAAAUUUUUGUCAAUGGUGGCUGGGUGGGUAUCCAUCGUGAUCCUGAUAUGUUGGUGAAGACAUUGAGACGGCUGCGGAGACGGGUUGAUGUCAAUACUGAAGUUGGGGUUGUUAGAGAUAUUCGCUUGAAAGAGUUGCGGAUUUACACUGACUAUGGCCGGUGCAGUCGUCCUCUAUUCAUUGUGGAGAAACAAAAGCUUCUUAUAAGGAAGAAGGACAUCCAUGCACUGCAACAGAGGGAAACCCCAGAUGAGGGUGGCUGGCAUGAUCUUGUGUCAAAGGGAUUCAUUGAAUAUAUUGACACUGAGGAAGAAGAGACCACUAUGAUAUCCAUGACCAUACAUGAUCUUGUACAAGCGAGGCUUAAUCCAGAGGAAGCAUAUUCUGAUACUUACACCCAUUGUGAGAUCCACCCAUCAUUGAUUUUAGGUGUUUGUGCUUCUAUCAUUCCUUUUCCUGACCAUAACCAGUCCCCACGUAACACUUACCAAUCUGCUAUGGGAAAGCAAGCCAUGGGAAUUUAUGUCACCAAUUACCAAUUUCGAAUGGAUACGCUGGCUUAUGUUCUCUAUUAUCCCCAAAAGCCACUUGUUACUACAAGAGCCAUGGAGCAUCUUCAUUUUCGGCAACUUCCUGCUGGCAUUAAUGCUAUUGUUGCGAUUGCUUGUUAUUCUGGAUAUAACCAAGAAGAUUCUGUUAUUAUGAACCAAUCAUCAAUUGAUCGUGGAUUCUUUAGAUCACUUUUCUUCCGUUCAUAUAGGGAUGAGGAGAAAAAGAUGGGCACACUUGUUAAAGAGGAUUUUGGUCGCCCAGACAGAAGUAACACAAUGGGCAUGCGCCAUGGCUCUUACGAUAAAUUGGAUGAUGAUGGUCUUGCACCUCCUGGCACAAGAGUUUCAGGGGAGGAUGUGAUCAUUGGAAAGACGACUCCAAUCGCUCAGGAAGAAGCUCAGGGACAGUCUGCACGCUACACGAGGCGUGAUCACAGCAUAAGUUUACGUCACAGUGAAACUGGAAUGGUGGAUCAAGUUCUGCUCACAACAAAUGCUGAUGGGUUGAGGUUUGUGAAAGUAAGGGUCAGAUCUGUCCGCAUACCUCAGAUUGGAGACAAGUUUAGUAGUAGGCAUGGUCAAAAGGGAACUGUUGGCAUGACUUACACACAAGAAGACAUGCCUUGGACUGUGGAAGGCAUCACUCCUGAUAUUAUUGUCAACCCACAUGCUAUUCCCUCUCGAAUGACAAUUGGACAGCUUAUCGAGUGUAUUAUGGGAAAGGUUGCAGCACAUAUGGGAAAGGAAGGGGAUGCCACACCAUUUACUGAUGUCACUGUGGAUAAUAUUAGCAAAGCUCUUCACAAGUGUGGUUAUCAAAUGCGAGGGUUUGAGACCAUGUAUAAUGGUCACACUGGACGCCGGCUGUCAGCUAUGAUUUUCCUUGGCCCCACUUAUUAUCAAAGGCUAAAACAUAUGGUUGAUGACAAGAUCCAUUCACGUGGAAGAGGCCCUGUGCAGAUCCUCACAAGGCAGCCUGCUGAAGGAAGGUCACGUGAUGGUGGUCUCCGCUUUGGUGAGAUGGAACGAGAUUGCAUGAUAGCACAUGGUGCUGCACACUUCUUGAAAGAGAGGCUAUUUGACCAGAGUGACGCAUAUAGAGUCCAUGUCUGUGAGCGUUGUGGGUUGAUAGCUAUUGCAAAUCUCAAGAAGAAUUCUUUUGAAUGCAGAGGUUGCAAGAACAAAACCGACAUUGUUCAGGUGCACAUUCCUUAUGCCUGUAAGCUACUCUUCCAAGAGCUUAUGGCCAUGGCCAUAGCUCCUAGAAUGCUUACAAAAGAUAUUAAACAGGCCAAGAGCCAGAAGAAGAAGGGGGCUUAAUUACUUGAUGAAGGUGAAGAGUGACUUCCAUGCUCGCAGAACAGGGCAUGUUGGACGUUUAUAAUUGACUCAAACCUACCUAAUAACAAUGAUGUUAUGAUGUUCGUGUAUAAAUGUUAUGUCAGUAGCAAUUUUGUUAGCAUUGGAUGAUGGGUGCCGUUGAGUAUAUAGAGUAGUAUUUAAUCAACUAUUGCUUUUCUGAGCCCAGUUUGUAUUUCAGGUCUGUGUGUCCACUGAAUGCUCUAAACUCAUUUUACAGAGUGUCGUCGAUUCAAGUUCAA